GAAGAAUAACAUUGUGUUGUGUAGUUUUUCUUGACCCUGAGUCCCGGACUGCCCUGUUUUCCUUUUUUGUUUUUGUUUUUGUGGAAGAGUUUCGAUCAGUUGAAGAGUUUGCUUCAUUAGUUUUAUUUCAAAUCUUGUUGUGAAGACUCAACAAUGGCCGGAGGUGAGCUUGUUGCAGGGGCAGCUCUGGGAUUACCAUUUAAUAUCCUGUAUGAUGUGAUUAAGGAAGUGAUGAACAAGACUACAAUGUUUAAACCCCUUCUCGGAGAUCUCAGCUCCACCAUGGAAUCGUUACAACCACUGAUCACUGACAUAGCCAAGCACAACAGGGACUUGGGACGUCCAGAGGAGGAGCUACAAAGUUUCAAGAAGCAAAUGGAGAACGGCGCAGAGCUUGUUCGAAAGUGCUCCAAGGUUGGUUUAUGGACCAGCUACAAGAAAUAUGGAUACGCCAACAAGUUAAUGGACCUAGACAAAUCUCUCAACAGAUUGUUGGCUAUACUCAGCGUGCAGGGAAUAAGGGCCGGGAUGGAGACCUUGGUGGUGGUGAAGGAAACACUGACUACGGUGAGGAGAAUUGAAGACAAUGGUGUUGGUAAAGAAGAGACAGUUGUGGUGCAUAAUCUGAUCGAGUUUCAAAAGGGAAAGCUUAUUGGGAGUGGCCCGUUCGGACCUCGCUAUGUUGCCGGCAAUAGAGUAACUGGAGCUUUAUGUUCAAUGAAGGAAGUUGACUUAUCUCCCAAUGGCUCAAUUUCCGCAAAAUGUUUAGAGACGGAAAUUAGAGUGCUCACCAAGCUGAGGCAUCCUAACAUUGUGGAGUUUUAUGGAAGCCAAAUGGUUGGUGAUCGAUUUUAUAUAUAUCAGGAGUAUGUCCACCCUGGCUCUUUGAGCAGAUAUAUGAAUGAACGUUAUGGAGCCAUAACAGAAUCUAUUGUUCGUAAUUUUACUCGGCAGAUAAUGUCUGGGUUGGCUUACAUGCAUAGCGAACACAUAGCACACAGGAGCAUCAAAGGGGCUAAUUUGCUUGUCGAUUCAAGUGGAAUUGUCAAGCUAGCUGACUUUGGGAUGGCACGAUUACUUUCAGGGCAUGAAGGGAAUACAUCUCUAGAGGGGGGAAAUCCAUACUACUGGAUGGCUCCAGAGUUAAUUAUUUCUGGGAGGCAGAGUCUUGCUGCUGAUAUUUGGAGUUUGGGUUGCACAGUUAUUGAAAUGCUGACCGGAAGAGCUCAUCAGAACGCAUAUGAAAGUAUGGAAGCCUUGUUUAAAACUUCUAGUGGGAAUGAGGAUAAUCCAGAGCUUCCGGGAACAUUGUCAUUGGAGGGCAAGAAUUUCGUAGAAUGCUGCUUGCGAAUAAAUCCUGCAGAUAGGCCUACUGCUGCCAUGUUAUUAGAACAUCCAUUCUUAACAAGUUCAUCCAGGGGAUGAAUUCCAUCUAAACAGAAGUGCCUUGUCUUACUAAUUGGCAAAAGCAAUCUGUGUUUUUUUUUAAUUUUUCAUUUUUAGUACAGUGGAUGGCCAGAGGCCCAAAACAAUAAGAAAUGAGUUCACAUAUCUCUAGAACAGGCCACUCCAGUGGCAUGAGCAAAUAACCAAGUUUGGUUUAAAUUGUAUGGUUUGAGCACUACUCUACAGAUUCAGCAUAAAACAACUAUGGGCCUAUGGCUAGCCGUUACUUAGGUUAUAGGGAAACUGUCCAUUUAUCCAAUUUUGAGCUACAUUAAC